ACAAGACCGAGCGGAAAACCACGAAAAGCAGCAACAGACGAAAACUCCUCACGGAACCUCUCUCCCUCCCCUUUCCCCUCCACCUUUCAUCAAACCUUGCCCGCCUGAGCUCUUCCCUCUUCCCUCUUCCCUCUUCCCUCUCCCUCUCUCUCCGAGAGAGAAAUGCUCGGAGCUCAGCUUGUCUCAGGUGUAUAAAAUUAGAAACAAGUGGGAAUGGGAGGCUGCUGCUGUUCUGCUAGAAAAACUCAUUUGCAUGGAGCAACUACGUAUUAUUACUAUCCACCAACGCUAGAAGAGCACGACUCCUUUGCAUCUCGCGAUGGUCCAAUUCCCACCAUCACUUCAGGGCUUCUAGUCAAUCUGAAUCUCGAAGCACCGAUACCCAACAAUUCUCAGGCCCCACCCGCACCGUUGCCCUGCGAUGUGCUGUUGAGGUCACAAUCAACAGAAAAUGAUUCUGCUAUAGGUAGGGGCUGUAGUUUCGAAACUUUAGGUGGAGGCAGAGAUCCUUCAAAGACAGACUGCAAAUCUCAAACCGUUCCCUUGGUCAUCUUGCCGAAGAAGUUAGGAGAACUGUCCAGGUCAGAAGAAGUUGAUCUUUCUACUGCUGCAGAUGAAGAGGAUGAUUGUCCCAUUUGCCUUGAAGAAUAUGACGAGGAAAACCCAAGACUUGUGACGAAAUGCGAACACCAUUUUCACCUCUCUUGCAUACUGGAGUGGAUGGAAAGAAGUGAUAUCUGCCCCAUCUGUGAUAAGGUUCUAGUACUGGAUCAUUCCUUUGACUAGUGUAUCUACUAGUGAAGCUCUAUUAAUUCCAGUUCUUUCGUCAUCUGAAUGGGCCUUGAUCCGGGACAAUCUAUGGACAGUCUCCUGCUGUACAUAUGAUCAAUUCGCCAUACAGAGGAUUUUCAGUUUUCUUCCCUUUCUUUGGCUCAAAGCCUGUGGAAAGUUUCGUAUUUAUUAGGUUCUUGUGCAUGACAUAGGUCUUGUUGAAAUGCAGGAAGGGCCGUCUCAUUGUCGAGCCAAAUUUUUUUUUUUCCUUUUUAAAUUGGAAUUGCCUUGUACAGAUUGCGAUUUGUUUAUCUUUUCAUUGGGGUAUGUUUUUGUGUCCGCCUCCGGUGAUUUCAGGAAUGGAUAUGGGAAGAUGUACACAAAGGGCAGAACGCUUCGUCCAA